AUGUCGUUUCUCCUCCCUGGCCUCCGUCGCGGCCUAAUGGUCAGCACCCCCCUCAUCCUCUCCACUCCGCUGCUCCUGCAAUACCGGCACUCCCAGCGCAUCCGCUGCGACGCCGCAGAUCCAAUCAGCAAGAUCAAGAACGACUUGAUGGGCAACUAUGCAUCUGAAGCGCGGACGCCCGUCAUCACCGAGUCUGGAGCUGCGAAUCCACAGGCUAUCCGGCAAGUUAGUAUGGGCUCGAUUCUGGGUGUGUUAGGGGGAUUGGGGAUUAGUGUGUUUAGCAAGCCGUUGGCGAUUUUGAUUGGGUUGGGGAUUGUGGUUUUGCAGGCCAUUGAAUCCCGAGGAAUCCACAUAAUCCCAUACUCAUUUCUGCAGCGGCGCUUCAAGCAAACGAAUGUUCGCUCGCUGGUGCGGGAUAACGUCGCGUUCAAGCUAUCCUUUGGCUUGACGUUUGCUCUGGCCGCAUUCGCCGAGUUCUAA